AUGCCCCUUCUUCCGGAUAAUAACCCAUUAUUCCAGAUGCUAUCCGACGUAAGCCUGCAUAAAUUGGUCAUUGAACCUAAAAAACCUCCUCCUGUUGAAUAUACUGAAGGCUCUAUGAUGACAGAUGCUGUGUUGAUGAACGAUAAAGAGGUGGAACCAAUGGAACGACGAUCAGUGGCUACUGAGACGGAGGUUGAGGAAACUAAGGCUAGUGCUGAAGGAGUUGUGAUUAGUGAAGAGGUGAAUUUUUAA